AAAAUGGCAUUUCUCGGUUAUGGAGCUGCCGCUGCUCUCGGCGGAGCUCUCGUUUACGCGAAUCUUCCCACUUAUUUGACAAUCGGAGCUGUUGCUCCAACCUUUGCUCAUUUGGCGGCCGCAAAACUUGUCCCAAUUCGUGGUGGACCGAAGGAAAAAGAAGUUGUGGAGAGAAAUGAGCAGUUUACGGCCGACUCGUUGUUCAAGAAAGGUCCGAUCAUGGUGAUGGCUGUACGUCGUCCGGGAUGUAUGCUGUGCCGUCGUGAAGCUGCUGAAUUGCACACACUGCUCCCGUUGCUCAAGGAAAAAGGAAUCGAACUGGCCGCCGUUGUGCACGAGACUCGUGGAGCAAAUGAGUUCAAGUCUUGGUUCUCCGGCGGUGAUGUCUAUUUGGACACUGAUCGCACUUUCUACGGUCCAAACGAACGCUGGCUGCCAGUUUGGAUGGGAUUUCUUCGUUUCGGAACUUACUCGAAUGUUUACAAAGCAAAGAAAGCCAAGGUCGAGGGAAACAUGGAAGGAGAGGGAAGACUUUUGGGAGGUGUUUAUUUGAUUGCUAACAACGACAUCGUGUUCACUCAUUUGGAGAAGGAGUGGGGAGAUGCUGCCGAUAUCAAGGAAGUUCGUGCUGCCGUCGAGAAAUUCUCGGAGAAGUCGAAAUAAUUUUUUAACUUAUGUGUUUUCUUAAUUAAUUAAACGAGGCUACUUUUUUUGUAAAAUAAACUGACAAGAAGCU